AUGGCGGAACAACAGAUAUCACAGGGCGCGAUAGAGGCCAUUUUCUUGGACGCCAACCGCGCAGCGGUGCAUUACCCAGUUCCGGUAAUGCAAUGUCUUCAUAUCACGACUCUCGAGAGCAAGGGCCCGGGAACUGCUGCCCCUGAGAGAUACCGCAUCGUCCUCAGCGACCUCCGCAACUACGUACAAUGCAUGUUGGCCACCCAGGCGAACCAUGUGAUGCACGACGGUCAGUUACAGCGCGGAUCCAUCGUGCGCGUGAAGCAAUACCAAGCCCAGUAUCUCAAGGGAAAACACGUUAUGAUCAUCUUGGACCUCGAAGUCAUGACCGAGCUCGGCACGCCGGACAAGAUUGGUGACCCUAAGAGCAUGGAAGUCACAACGGGCGAGCGCCAAAAUACUACGAGUGACAGCGCUAGUUUCUACGGCGCCCAGAGCGAGCCGGCUGCGCAGACAACACCCCAAUUCCAGCCGCAGGCUCAGCGGCAGCUAGCCUCGCGCACAGGGGGCGGCGGUGGGAACAGCGGGCCUCUCGCGGCCACAAUAUACCCCAUCGAGGCCGUUUCCCCGUAUGUGAACAAGUGGACCAUCAAGGCCCGAGUCACUACCAAGUCAUAUAUCGGAACAUGGAAGAGGCCCACCAGCGAGGGCAAGCUCUUCAGCGUGAAUUUCCUGGACGAGAGUGGCGAGAUCAGGGCGACCGCCUUCAAUACCGAGGUUGAUCAGUUCUACGAUUUGCUGCAGGAAGGCUCUGUCUACUACAUCUCGACACCCUGCAAAGUGCAGAUGGCCAAGAAGCAAUUCAGCAACGUCGCCAACGAUUACGAGAUAAUGUUUCAGCAUGAUACGGUCAUCGAGAAAGCCGAGGACCAGAGCUCCGUGCCUCAAGUCCGCUUCAAUUUCUGCACCAUCCAGGAACUGCAGGAAGUUGAGAAAGAUGCGACCAUCGACGUCAUCGGUGUCCUGAAGGACGUGGGCAAACAGGAGGAGAUCCAGUCCAAGACGACGCAGAAGGGCUACGACAAGCGCGAGCUGACCCUGGUCGACGACACGGGCUACUCGGUCCGAGUAACUAUCUGGGGCAAGGCGGCCGCCGAGUUCGACGCCAGCCUAGAGUCCGUCGUUGCCUUCAAGGGCAUGCGGGUCAGCGACUUUGGCGGGCGCAGCCUAUCGCUCCUGUCAUCGGGCACGAUGGCGAUCGACCCGGACAUCCCCGAGGCGCACAAGCUGAAGGGCUGGUAUGACGCACAGGGUAGGGGUAACACCACCUUCGCAACGCACAGCCACCUGUCGUCCAUUGGCGCUGCCGCGGGUCAAAAGGAUGAGAUGAAGAUGAUCGCACAGAUCAAGUCCGAGAACAUCGGGAUGGAAGACACGGCGUAUUUCACCAUCAAGGGGACCAUUGUGCACCUCAGACAGGAGAACUUCGCUUACCCGGCUUGCAUAUCCGAAAACUGCAGCAAGAAGGUGACGCCGUCGAUGGACGACAAGUGGCGGUGCGAGAGGUGCAACAUAACCCACGACCGGGCACAGUACCGCUACAUCAUGAGCGCCGACGUCAGCGAUCACACGGGUCACACCUGGGUCAGCUGCUUCGAUGACUCGGCCCGCAUAAUUAUGGGCAAGUCGGCCGACGAAAUGAUGGAAUUAAAGAACAGGGAGGACGGAAGCUGUGCCGAGGCGUUUGAGGCAGCUAAUUGCAGGAAGAUGGUCUUCCGGUGCCGCGCCAAGAUGGAUACCUACGGUGACCAACCGAAGUAG